UCUGUGUCUGUGAAGCGCGGAAAAUCAAACAAAAGUUUAUUUGGUAUUUAAUUAUUAAUUUUGACCGUAAUCUAACUAUAAUCAUUUAUGAAAAGGAUGGCAGCUCUUAGGAAAUAUAUCGAUAUUGGGGCCAAUCUAACCGAUGAUAUGUAUCAGGGUGUUUAUCAUGGCUCUAAAAAGCAUGCCCCUGACCUGGACAUUGUAUUGAAGCGCAGCUGGGCAGCAGGAAUGGAUAAAAUGAUCAUUACCGGUGGCAGUUUGGAAGAUAGCAAAAAAGCCAUUGAGUUAUCUAAAAGUGACUCAAGGCUAUUCUCAACGGUGGGCUGUCAUCCCACAAGAUGCACAGAGUUUGUAUCCAAUCCAGAGUCUUACUUGUCAGGACUUAGGGAGUUGAUCAGUGAAAACUUGGACAAAGUGGUGGCAAUAGGAGAAUGUGGCUUAGAUUAUGAAAGGCUUCAAUUUUGUGAGAAAAACACACAACUUAAAUACUUUGAACAUCAGCUACAAUUAAGCAAAGAGUUCAACCUGCCCCUCUUCCUGCACUGCCGGGCGGCUGCCGACGACCUGGUGGAGAUACUGGAGCGGAACAAGGAUCUGGUGGUGGGGGGCGUGGUGCACUCCUUUGACGGUAGUCAGGAUGCUUUAGACAAGAUCCUCAGGCUUGGCAUGUAUAUUGGUAUUAAUGGAUGCUCACUAAGGACCCAAGAGAAUUUGGAAGUGGCGGCCAGAAUACCUCAAGACCGGCUCAUGAUAGAGACAGACUGCCCGUGGUGUGAGGUGAAGCCGACGCACCCCGGCUACCCCCACGUCGCCACCAAGAUGCCCACAGUAAAGAAAGAGAAAUACCAGAUAGAGUCCAAUAGCCAGGUCAAAGGGAGGAAUGAACCUGUCAAUAUUGUGCAAGUGUUGGAGAUAUUAGCAGCCAUAAGGAAAGAGAACAUCGAUGAGUUAGCUGAUGCGAUCUAUAAUAAUACAAAUAAACUGUUUUUCUGUAAAUAAGGAAAUGUAUAAUUAAAAGACCAUGAUAAAUCA